UCAUAUACACAAACCCCUUAGAGAAACAAAAAGAAUACAAAAAGAAGAGAGAGAUUAGUUAUUAACUUAUUCAUAAUAAGUGUAAUUACUUCGUAUUUACUUUUUUUUGGUUAGCAGUCGACUAGUAAUCAAUAAUGGGUUACUGCGAUGGUAAAUGGACACCGGUGAUUAUUAUGGUUAUGAUCAAUUCAGCGCUGGGUUUAGCUAAUGCUUUGGUUAAAAAAGUACUCGAUGGUGGUGUUAACCAUAUGGUUAUCGCAACAUAUCGUCUUGCUAUUUCAACCCUAUUUUUGGCACCAAUCGCAUUUUUUUGGGAACGGAAAACGAGACCGACACUAACGCUCAACAUCUUGGUUCAGCUUUUCUUCAGUGCUCUUGUUGGGUUCGUUCUUUUUCUAAUUUUCGCUUGGAACUCCUAAUAGUUGUAGGAAUAAUAAGGAAAUAUUCUAAAUAAAAAUAGGUUGACUGUUUGAAAUUUAAGAAAAUAAACCAUUUUGUUUAGAUUUUUGGAUGAAGAAUUUAAUAUUUAAGAGUUAGGAUUUUGGAUUUCGAAGUUAUGGUUAAGCUUUUAGCGUUUAGGUUUUAGAAUUUAAAUUUUCUAUUACUUAAUUAGUUUUUACUUUUUAGAAAUAUAGACAAUUUCUUCUAAUUGAUAUAGAAUUUUGAAUGUUUGCGUAAUUGUCCUGUUGUUGCAUUCUAACCGAUUUUUAGUCUUUUUCUUUUGUUUUUUUAUUGUUAAGAAUGUAAAUAUUUUAUAAAAAAUGAAACAUGAUAGGUUUACGGUCCGUGGCAAAAAAGAUAAAAACAUGAAAGCAUAAAAAUAACCACUGGUUUUUAGUCAAAUUAAGAGCUUUAUUUUGUACUGAAAUAUAUGAUCAUUCUGAACAUAUUUUAGGGCAAGUUUGACUCAGUAUUUCUUCCUAUUGGGGCUAUCAUACACAUCGGCUACGUUGGCAUGUGCUUUUAUUAGCAUGACGCCUGCGAUUACAUUCGUUAUGGCUCUAAUAUUCAGGGUAGAGAAGCUAAACAUGAAAAGCAAAGCAGGUAUGGGGAUGGUGAUGGGCGCGUUGAUAUGCAUAGGAGGAGCUUUAUUAUUAACAAUGUACAAAGGUGUUCCCUUGACAAAACUUCGGAAACUAGAAACCCAUCAGUUGAUAAACAAUAACCACGCUAUGAAACCAGAGAAUUGGAUAAUAGGAUGCGUACUUCUCUUUGCGGGUAGUAGCUGUUUCGGGUCGUGGAUGCUGAUACAAGCCAAAGUGAACGAGAAAUACCCUUGUCAAUACUCGAGUACUGUCGUAUUAUCCUUCUUUGGCACCAUCCAAUGCGCCCUUCUAAGCCUCAUCAAAUCUCGAGAUAUCACGGCUUGGAUCCUCACAGAUAAACUUGAUAUCGUUACCAUUGUUUACGCGGGAGCAGUAGCACAAGGAAUAUGUACGGUUGGAACGUCUUGGUGCAUCAGAAAGAGAGGACCUAUCUUUACUUCUAUAUUUACCCCGGUGGGGCUUAUAUUUGCAACACUAUUUGAUUUCUUGAUCCUUCAUCGUCAAAUUUUCCUAGGAAGUGUUGUCGGAUCUGGGGUUGUAAUCUUCGGACUAUACAUAUUCUUGUUGGGAAAAGUCAGGCUAAUGAAAGAAGAGUGUGAAAAGAAGUUACCUUGUCGUUUUAAUGAAGAUGAUCAAGAAGAAGAUGAUGAUGAACAAUACAAAAAGGGUCAUCUUAUGGUUGUUCCAAUGACUCCUUGAUAAGAUUAGACUUUUUUUUUUUUCUUCUUCUUCACUUCGUACAUUAUUUAGUAAAACCAUUGACCGGUGAAAAUUACAUGGACUAGUCUAACAACGGUUCAAAAAACUAGUCACAUGUUUUUUUUUUUUUGCUUUUUCUUUUCUUUCCCUUUUUUUUGUUUUGCAAUGUAAAACUUUUAUUGCAAUAAUAAAAAAAUCUCCUUUGCAAUCAAAUGCUUCUAAUUUUGAGUGUUUGAGAAA